AUAUAACAGUCCACCGCGGAACUUCGCGCAGCUCGUGUAGUUCGGUGUGUACUAUUCCCGAAUAAUUCCAUAAAUCGGAGGAUAUCACAAUGGACAAUCAGCAGGUGUGGGUGCGAGAUGCGACGGAGGGUUUUAUUAUCGGUAAAUUCACGGAUAUGGUGGACGGUGAUGCCCUGAUCGUUCCACUAGAUCCAAAAUUUCAGCAGCGCACGUGUCCUCUCGACGAAGUGUACCCAGCUGGAGAGUAUACCAAAGAUGUCGAGGACAAUUGUGCGCUGAUGUACUUGAACGAGGCAACCCUCCUCAACAACAUCCGCACUCGGUACUUUAAAGAUCGCAUAUACAGCUACGUCGCGAAUAUUCUGAUAGCGGUGAAUCCUUACUGUCCCGUGAAGGAUCUUUAUUCCCCGAAAAUGAUAAAAUCGUACCAAGGAAAAUCCCUGGGGGAGACGCCACCGCACGUAUUCGCCAUCGCAGACAAAUCGUUUCGCGAUAUGAAAGUAUUUAAGCAAUCGCAGAGUAUCAUCGUCUCCGGGGAAUCUGGAGCCGGAAAGACUGAGUCCACCAAGUACCUGUUGCGAUACCUGUGCGAUUUGUGGGGCUCAAUGGCCGGUCCGAUCGAGCAAAAAAUUCUCGACGCCAAUCCCGUCCUCGAGGCAUUCGGUAAUGCCAAGACAAAACGCAACAACAACAGCUCUCGCUUCGGAAAAUUCAUGGAAGUCCACUUCGACAAUAAAUGCCAAGUCGUCGGUGGGUACAUCUCGCACUACCUCCUGGAGAAAUCGAGGGUGUGCUUGCAGAGCCCUGACGAGAGGAAUUACCACGUCUUCUACAUGAUGUGCGCUGGUGCACCACCAGAUCUCCGUGCCAAGCUGUGCAUCACAAAACCCGAUGAUUUUCAAUACCUCAGGAACGGCUGCACCCAGUACUUCUGCAAUUCGUCAUCCGAGAAGAAGCUCAACGAUAGCCAGAAGACGAGUGAUCACACGUCCAAGGGCUGUCUGGCAGAUCCCAUCCUGGACGAUGUCGAGGGUUUCAAUGCAGUAGACCAGGCGUUCACACGUUUGGGUUUGACUCCCGCGGAGAAGAUGGAGAUUUACACGAUGGUCGCAGCAGUCCUCCACCUCGGGAACAUCGCGUUCGAGGAUAAUCCGGAGGACACAAAGGGGGGAUCGAGGAUAUCCGGGCGUUCGGAGAAAGCUGUGACGAUCACGGCUAGACUCCUGGGGGUCAAUCCAGAGGAGUUGCGACAGUCACUGAUCUCGAAAGUCAUGCAGACAAGUCGCGGUGGGAUAAAGGGCACCGUCAUCAUGGUACCCCUGAAGGUGUAUGAAGCGAGCAAUGCUCGGGACGCCCUGGCCAAAGCUAUCUACAGCAAAUUGUUCGAUCACAUCGUGGCACGAAUCAAUCAGAGCAUCCCCUUCAAGGCAUCCAGUUACUACAUCGGUGUCUUGGACAUCGCCGGCUUCGAGUACUUCAAAGUCAACAGCUUCGAGCAGUUCUGCAUAAACUACUGCAACGAGAAACUCCAGCAGUUCUUCAACGAGAGGAUCCUCAAGUACGAGCAGGAUCUCUACGCCAAGGAGUCGCUCAACGUACCCAAGAUAUCGUAUGCUGACAAUCAGGACUGCAUUGAUCUAAUUGAGGCGAGGACAAACGGAAUAUUCAGUCUUCUCGAUGAAGAGUCCAAAUUGCCGACACACAGUUUCGCCCAUUUUACGAGUGAGGUCCACCGGACGUGGUCCGGCCACUUCAGGAUCACCUUGCCGAGGACUUCGAAGCUCAAGGCACACAGAGAACUCAGGGACGACGAGGGAUUCGUCAUCAGGCAUUAUGCCGGUGGUGUUUGCUAUCAAACGAAUCAGUUUAUCGAGAAGAAUAAUGAUGCUCUGCACGCGUCUCUUGAAGGACUCAUUCAGGAGAGCGGAAAUCACUUCCUGCGGACGCAGUUCGCUAAGCUCCCGACUCAGAAGGGCAAAUUGACAUUCAUCAGCGUCGGCAGCAAGUUCAAGACGCAGCUCGGUGAGCUCAUGGACAAACUCAAGAGCAAUGGGACAAAUUUCAUUCGAUGCAUCAAACCGAAUAAUGAAAUGGUGGAUCAUCAGUUCGAUGGGGGGAGUAUUUUGGGUCAGCUUCGCUGCUCGGGGAUGACGUCUGUUCUUCAGCUCAUGGAGAACGGAUAUCCAAGCAGAGUUCCCUUUCAGGAGCUCUAUAACAUGUACAAGUCGUAUUUGCCACCCGAACUCGCACGACUCGAUCCCCGAUUUUUCUGCGAGGCUCUUCUCCACAGUCUCAAAUUGAGCAAAAGGGAUUUCAAGUUCGGUAUCACUCGAGUAUUUUUUAAGCCCGGCAAGUUUGCGGAGUUCGAUAGGAUCAUGAAGUCGGACCCUGACAAUCUGCAGAAGCUCGUGGCUAAUGUGAAGAAAUGGCUGGUGAGAUCGAGGUGGAAUAAACUGCAAUUCUGUGCGCUUUCGGUGAUCAAAUUGAAGAACAAAAUUAUUUAUCGACGCAGUCAUCUCAUCGUUAUUCAGAAGACGGUGAGGAUGUACCUGGCGAAGAAGCAGCACCAGGCGAGGAUCAAGGGAAUUGUUAAAAUGAGGAAUUUGAAGAGUCAGCUUGGGAGGAUGGAGGAGAUUUGUAAUCAGUUGAGAAAAAUGAGGGACAAGAGUCUGAGGGAUAUUCAGGGACUGCAAGUGGAGAUUGACGCAGGUAUCGAAAGAAUUCGGAGGAAUGAGAGGAUCAAGGGUGUGGAGAUUGACGCGGAGUGUACGAAACUGGGGAAUGGUGUCAAUCAGAUGAUGGCGGCACUCCAGGACAUGGUCAAGCAGCAAAAGAUUGAGGAGGAGCAGGAGCGAUUGAGCAAGCUCCAGCAGGAAAUCGAGACGGAGAAGAGGAGGAAGGAGGAGGAGGUGUUGAAGAGAAAGGAGGAGGAGGAGAACAGGAGAAGAAAAAUCGAGAUCGAGGCCAGGAGGAAGGCCGAGGAGGAGAACAGAAGACGGCAGGAGGAAGAGGACAAGAAGACUGCUUUGGCUCUGCAGGCGGAAUUGGAGACCGAGGCCAUCGAGGAGAGCCGAUAUCGGGAGGUACUCGAACAAGAGCGCAGGGAUCAUGAUUUGGCGGUUCGACUCGCCCAGGAGUCAAAUGGACAGGUCGAGGACUCACCCCCUCUUCCUCGGAGUGGCUCAGACUCGCGGGUUUCCACAACAAACAACAACAGGCUCAUCAGGUCAGAGCAAGUGCGAAAUCAUCAGGCACUGACGACGAACAAGAAAUACGACUUGUCGAAAUGGAAAUAUUCUGAAUUACGCGAUGCUAUCAAUACAUCGUGCGAUAUCGAGCUACUUGAGGCUUGUCGACAUGAAUUUCAUCGCAGACUGAAGGUGUAUCACGCCUGGAAGGCAAGAAAUCGAAGGAGGACGACCAUGUACGAAAACGAGAGAGCCCCGAAAUCGAUUAUGGAAGCAGCAGCUAAAUCUCCCCGCAAUCCCCUGAAGCAACAAAUCGUCGAAUCAUCGCAGAGAUUCUUUCGCAUUCCUUUUGUGCGUCCUGGUGUGGCCCCUCAACCUGAAAAUCCUAGUACAAUUGGCAAACGCGGGUGGUGGUAUGCACAUUUCGAUGGACAAUAUGUAGCGAGACAGAUGGAAUUGCAUCCGGAUAAACCCCCGAUACUCCUCACAGCCGGAAUCGAUGACAUGCAAAUGUGUGAGCUGAGCCUCGACGAGACUGGUUUAACCAGAAAACGAGGUGCAGAAAUACUCGAGCACGAGUUCAACCGGGAAUGGGAACGACACGGUGGUAAACCGUACACAAAUCCUGGUGAUCGUAAAAAGUGAAAAUUUAUACACGUGCUGUAUAUCAUGAGUAGAAAAAUUCGAUUGAUAUGAGGAAACAGUGUUCCACUGUAGUUACUCACACAGUGAUUUAGGAAGACGUUGGGCUUUUUUUAAUUUGUCUUCUAUGCAUGUGUGAAGAAAGUGAAUAGAUUUUUUUUUUCAUUAUUCUAGACAGCCUGAGAGAAUUAUUGAGUAGAUAUUUAUUGAACAUGAUUCAGGUUUCGCUGUGCAACAGUGAAUAUCGUAACAGUAAGAUAUUUAUACGGUAUCCCGGGGCAUGUAACUACAUUUCAAUGAUACUUCGAAAUAUAUUCAAUAUUAAAUUA